AUGCCACGUCGCGACAAGAUCGAAAAGGGACAACAGCAGGAACAAGAGCAAGAGCAAGGGCAAGAGCAAGUGGGAAUGAAUGAAGAUGCGCUUCCUCACAGGGCCACCAUUGAAGAAGUUGCUGAUGUCACCUUGAUUGAAACCGAAGCGAUGCAGCAACAAUUUAUGAAGUUGACUGAAAAUUUAGCCAGCAGUGGUUCCAGUGGUGGUGGUGGUGGACAGCCACAUGAGGCGUCUGAUACUGUAGGUUUGCUCGAAGAUGAAACUGCAUUUGAAGGAAUGCACGGGGACGAAGAAGAAGAAAAACAAGAGGAAGGGGAAGGGGAAGGAGGAGGAGAAAAAAGUAGCAAGACUAUCGCAGCAGCAGGUGAAGGGCUGGGUGGUGUCGCGCCACAUCCAGCCAAAGACGCCGCAUCGACCGAGCUUGUUAGCAUGGAACCAACCGCGAAUGCACCGGAAGCAGAGUCAGUGUCAGCACCAGCAGCGUUAAUUUUGGACCAGAAUGGAUCGCAAGACGCCAGCGAAAUCUCCCACUUGAGCAAAUCGUCCACCAACUUAGAAGACUGGAUCAUUGAAGAAACAAUCCAAAUGAUCCAACAUGAAGAUGACGCCCAAAACGCCGAUGAUGAACACGAGGGAGCAAGAGGAGUUGGUGUUGGUGGAGGUGAUGACGAUGAUGACGGCGAAACUAGUGGAUUCCAUUCCUUGCGCAAAUUCUUUCAAAUCUUGUUUGAAUUUGGUAUUGUUUUUUAUUCCUUGAUGCAUUUUGGGUUUAGAUUUUGGUAUAUAUUCUUGAUGGCUUUGAGAGAUUUGUUUUUACAAACUGGUGGUGAUUUAAAUCAAGUUGUGAAAAGGAGUAUUAGAUUGAAAUAG